GUGUGUGGGGGAGGACAGCAGAUAAGGGUUUUCUCAGAGUCCAGUCCAGGACUUGUCACUGGGAAAGGUGAGCCUGAUCCAGGGACGGAAGCUGGCUGGGGGCUGGAACUAGUACAGCAGGAAGCCGUCAGUGUCUGAAGGUGUUGCUCAAAUGAAGCUGGUUGAGUGAGCACCUCCAAUCUAGAGAGGGGAGAAGGGAGUGUGAUCUAGAAGGAAUAACUGCAUGCUUCCAGGAUGACAAAGAUGCUCGGGCUUUCAAACGGACUAGAUUUCGAAGAAGUGGGAAGCAUGGGAGGUCGGAGGAUGGUGAGAGAUGAAGAGAGCGCCUAUGGUUUGGAAGAGGACAGCCAGUCCUGCCAGGUGCCCAGGCUGAGGCUCGUCUUGGUUGGGAGGACAGGAGUCGGGAAGAGCGCCACGGGGAACAGCAUCCUGGGCCAGAGAAGGUUCCUCUCCAGGCUUGAGAGCUCGGCGGUCACCAGAACCUGCUCCAUGGCCAGCUGCAGGCGGGCCAGGUGGCACGUGGACGUCAUCGACACCCCAGACAUUUUCCACUCCCAAGUCCCCAAAACAGACCCAGGAGGUUUGGAGAGAGGUCGCUGCUACCUGCUCUCGGCCCCAGGGCCCCAUGCGCUGCUCCUGGUGACCCAGCUGGGCCGCUACACGGCCAAGACCAGGAGGCGGUGAGAGGUGAAGGAGAUGUUCGGGGAGGGCGUGAUGGCUUGGACAGUCGUGGUCUUCACCAGGAAGGAGGACCUGGCCGGGGGCUGCCUCCAGGACUACGUGCGCUGCACAGAGAAUCGGGCUCUGCGGGAACUGGCGGCCGAGUGCGGGGGCAGAAUCUGUGCCUUUGACAACCGAGCCACCGGCCGUGAGCAGGAGGCCCAGGUGCAGCAGCUGCUGGGCCUGGUGGAGCGCCUGGUCAGGGAGAACGGAGGUGCCCACUACACCAACGAGGAGUACGGUGUGCUGCGGGCCCUGCACUGGGCCAGCCCCGAGGAGCGCCUCCGAAGGGUGGCAGAGAAGGUCGCGGCCCGCAUGCAGAGGUCCAGGGGCUCCUGGCUGCUGGCCCGGCUGUGGGAGUGGCAGAAGUCGCUCAGGAACCACUGGAGACUGGGCCUGGCCCUCCUCCUGGGGGGUGCCUGUCUGCUCUACUUGCUGUUCUACAGGCACCAGCCUGAGCCCUCGGCUGAGGUCCAUUCUGAUUGCUCUUAUGACAUGGAACUUCUUAGAGACCUUAACACAAAUUCUUACCUGGAACCUGCUGCCUUCAGUUCUGAAGUGCACAUAAUAUGGUCCUCGGCUGUCAUCCACCAAGCUCUGGACCUUGCAAAGGAGCUGCAGCACCUGGGUGUCCUGCUCACCCCCAUCUGCCAGGUUAUUGAAGGCACAGUAUCGGCCUCCAUUGUUUUGAACCAACUCCAUAAGAGACCUCUUGUUUUCAGUGUAUUGUUGCAGCAAGUCAUCCGUCAGAUCAUCCUUCCAAGUGAAGACAAUAAUGAUAUGCUUCUUGGCUUCAGCACCAAACACCUCCUGGAUGCCCUCAAUAGUCUCCUCAUCCUCUGUUGUAUAAUGGCCAAGAGGAAUUACAAGGAGCAGCGCAUGGAGGCUGGGAACAGAGAGCUCCAAGCACUGCUGGAUGUUGCGCAAAUGCUGCCUUCACUGGCUCCACCCAAGCUGAGCUUCCUGAAUACAGAAGCUGUGGGGAGGGCAAACACUUCCCCUACAGUCAUCGCAGCAGCACCAGCUAAAAGAGCCUCUCUGGAGAACCUGAGAACUCACCAGCUUGUACAAAAGAAGGUUCCCAAGCGUCCUUACAUAGACAUGGCUGGCCAUCAAAAUAGCGCUUUGAGGAUCGUUCUGGUAGGGAAAACUGGAAGUGGGAAAAGUGCGACAGCAAACACCAUCCUUGGAGACAAAGUCUUUACAUAUGGAAUAGAUUCCCAAUCCCUUACCAAGACCUGUCAAAAAGCAUCCCGGGAAUGGAAGGGGACAGAACUCCUUGUUGUGGACACCCCGGGGCUCUUUGACACUAAGGAGGAACUGGAUAAAACCUGCAAAGAAAUCAGCAAGUGCGUCCUCUUCUCCUGCCCAGGGCCUCACGCCAUUCUCCUGGUUAUGCGGCUGGGCCGCUACACGCAAGAAGAUCAAAACACUGUUGCACUGAUCAAGGCUGUCUUUGGGGAGUCAGCGAUGAAGCACAUGAUCAUCUUGUUUACCCGCCUAGACGAGCUGGAGGAUCAGACCCUGGAUGGCUUUAUAGCGAAUGCAGAUGUGAACCUGAAGAGCGUCAUCCAGGAGUGCGGGGGCCGCUGCUACGCCAUUAACAACAAAGCAGACAAGGCUGAGAAGGAGAGUCAGGUGCAGGAGCUGGUGGAUAUGAUAGAGAAGAUGGCACGGGGAAACGGAACGGAAUAUUUUUCUGUGGACAUAUACAAGGACACAGUGGAGACACUGAAACGACAAGUAGCAGUUUUGAAGGAAAUGUUUGAUGAUAGGUUAAAGAAUGAAAUUAGACGUAUAGAAAAUGAUCGUAGUCUUAAAUCAGAGCAAGAAAAGGCUGAAAAAAUAAAAGAUGUAAAGUUGAAAUAUAAUAAAGAACUUAAAAAUAUAAUGGAAGAAGCUGAGCAUAAUGUACCUGAAGAAGUCGUUAACCAGAUUAAGGACGUACUUUUUAAAAGCUGGCAGAAGGUGAAAGGAGUAAUGUAAUUUUAAUUGUUUCUCUUUAUUGUACUAUGAUUUGUUAAUGUGGUGAAUUGUAUAUUUUCUGUGAUUAUACCUCCCCAAUACACAAGUUUUAAUAAGGUAAAAUUGAAAAAAUAUGUCUGCUUAUACUUUAUGAUAUGAUAUGUGCACACAUAUCUUGAAAUUAUUAAAUCAAAAUAAUUCCUAUAUUAUUGACAUAUUUACCUGUUUUUUUAAUCUUUUUUGGUGCAUGAAAAGUCAUUCAUCCCUUGUUUAUACUCUUGUGGGACUAUGUUCUACCUACUUUUUACCUGUUAAAUAUUAUGAUUAGUAAUGAAUUAAGCCUGUGAAUAUAGAGAGGAUUAAAAUUGUGUUUUUGCAAAAACUGAUGAAGAGAGGGGAGGGAGGUGGGAUUGAGGGAACAAAGAAGUGAGGGAAGUGUGGUUGUCUUCUUGGAGCUGUACUUAUGGAAUGCAUAAAAUCUGUUCUCUUUAUAUUAAU